AUGAAGAAAUCCAUUGCCAGUCCAUCUGUUAUCACUGUAAUUCUGGUUAAUCUGCUGCUGCCAGAUAAAACAUUUCGGCAUCCAAGAGCUCAGAUGAUUAUGGUCAUAUUUCUUUCAGAUGUUCAUCUGUUUGUGAAAAGGAGGUUGUGUAGCGUUACCAUUGGGUGCAUUAAGGAGUAUGCAAUUGUGGUGACGUGGAAUGUGCUGGGGGAUCCACUUGUAUGCAUAAUGUACCACUCACUCCGUCAAGUUUCUCCGUCAAAUAAGCGUAAAGAGAGAGAUGACGGUCCUAACGUCGUGAAAAAACCGUCAACAUUCACGACUAAAACAUUAGCCAAGCCGAGCAUUCAUAGACCAGCAAAAAAGCCGGUUGAUCAGCCAGCUUCAAAUAAUACGCUUCUGGCUGGGUAUUUAGCCCACGAGUUUUUGACUAAGAGUACCUUAUUUGGUCAGCCUUGGGAUCCAGCUCCAGCCGAAGCCGUUCCUCUGUCGAUAAAUCAGAAGCCCUCUCCGAACCAGAAAAUGGAAAAUGAGCCGCAAGCGAAAGCCGAGAAAGAGGAUGAGAAUUAUCUGAGAUAUAUGGAAGUAUCGCAUUUGUUGAAAUCAGAUGGGGCCCAUAUACCAGGCGUAUUCAACCCGACCCAAUUCACACGGUUUUUACAGUAG